AGUAUUUUUGGAGAAGUUAGUAAAACCGAAUCUGACAUCAUCACGUAGCAGUUCAUGCAGUUAGCAAGUGGUUUGUUCUUAGGGUAACAGGAGGAAAUUGUUCCUUGUCUGAUAAGACAACAGUGGAGAAAGGACGCAUGCUGUUUCUUAAGGAUACGGCUGACUUCCAGAUAUGAACAUGUAUUUGUGGCUUAAACUGCUGGCAUUUGGCUUUGCCUUUCUGGACACAGAAGUACUUGCGGCAGGGGAAAACCAAACUUCUCCCACCACUGGACCAACAACAACAAAGAAGUCCAGUGUUCCACUUUCAGGUGACCCCUUACCUACUCACACCACUGCAUUCUCACUCGCAAGCAUCUCUGAAAGAGAAAAUGGCUUCUUAGAGACCACGCCUUCUCUUAGUCCGGCCAGUACUGCAACCCAAGUAUCCCCGGACUCUUUGGAUAAUGCCAGUGCUUUUAAAACGACAGGUGUUCCAUCAGAACAGCCGCCUCACCUUCCCACGCACGCAGACUCGCAGACGCCCUCUGCUGGAACUGACACGCAGGCACUCAGCGGCCUUGCCGCCCAUGCCACACUCAGCCCUGCCCCAGGCAGCAAUGACACCUCAGAUGUUCCAGGAGGGAGGAGUACAGCCAGCACCUUUCCUACAGACCCGGUUUUCCCAUUAGGAACCACCCCCAUCCCUGCACGCAACAGCUCUGCUGUCUUACCUGCACGCACCACCAACACCACCAUCACAGCGAACUCCCCAGAUUCCCAUGAAGCAACCACUGUGAGCCCUUCUGGAAGCAUUGUCCAUUCCACCCAAACAGCUACUACUCCAGCUAUGCCAUCAUGUGAUAAAAAAUAUGCAAACAUCACUGUGGAUUACUUAUAUGACAAGAACACAAAAUUGUUUACAGCAAAGCUAAAUGUUAAUGAGGAUGUGAAAUGUGCAGACUUCGAUUGCACAAACAAUAGGUUGCAAAACCUUAAAGAAUGUGAAAUAAGGACUGUUACCAUAUUUGGCAAUUCAUGUACUGCUCCCAACAAAACUUUAAAAUUAGAUGUGCCACCAGAGGUUGAUAAGUUUUGGUUAGAAGAUCAUACACCACCUGUAAAAGCAAAUACUACUAUUUAUUUAAAAUGGGAAAAUGAAAAGUUUACUUGUGAUAAAAAUAAAUUUACAUACAGAUUUCAAUGUGGUGAAAUAACAUCUGAAAAGAAAUACAUUGUUUUGGAACACCGUAAACCCAACCAUAACUAUACAUGUGAUUCAGAAAUACUCUAUAAUCACCGCAAGUAUAUUAACACAAGUAAAAAGAUUCAAACAGAUUUUGGGAUUCCAGAAGAGCCUCAGAAUGUUACAUGUAGAAGUGAAGGUGCCCAUAAAGGAGUAAUUACCUGGAAUCACCCCCACGGUUUAUUUCACAAUUUCACUCUAUGUUUUCAAAACAAGCCAGAAGAUAACUGCCUCAAAGUGAAUAAAAACCUCACCAAAUAUGAUUUGGAAAAAUUGAAACCUUAUACAAAAUAUGAUUUGUCAUUAUAUGCCUACAUCAUUGCAAAAGUGCAGCGUAAUGGAACUGCUGUACCAUGUCAUUUCACGACUAACAGUGCACGUCCAAGCGAGGUCCAGAACAUGACUGUCUCCAUAAUAUCAGAUAAUAGUAUGCUUGUCAAGUGUAAUGCUCCCAAGGACCUUAAUGGCCCCAGUGGACGUUACCAUUUGGAAGUAAAAGCUGGAGAUGCUCUAGUUAGAAAUGAGUCAAAUCAUACGUGCCUUUUCCAUGUAAAAAAUCUACAAUAUUCAACAAAAUACACUUUUUCGGCCUAUUAUCACAACGGAGACUAUUCUGGACACCCAGUUAGUAAAUUUCAAUCAACAACUUAUAAUUCUAAGGCUCUCAUCGCAUUUCUGGCAUUUCUGAUUAUUGUGACAUCAAUAGCCCUACUUGUUGUUCUCUAUAAAAUCUAUGAUCUGCAUAAGAAAAGAUCCUGCAAUUUAGAUGAACAACAGGAACUUGUUGAAAGGGAUGAUGAAAAACAACUGAUGAAUGUAGAGCCAAUCCAUGCAGACAUUUUGUUGGAAACUUAUAAAAGAAAGAUUGCUGAUGAAGGAAGGCUUUUUCUGGCUGAAUUUCAGAGCAUUCCACGGGUAUUCAGCAAGUUUCCCAUAAAGGAAGCUCGAAAGUCCUUUAACCAGAAUAAAAACCGUUAUGUUGACAUUCUUCCUUAUGAUUAUAACCGUGUUGAACUCUCUGAGAUCAAUGGAGAAGCAGGGUCAAACUACAUAAAUGCCAGCUAUAUUGAUGGUUUCAAAGAACCCAGGAAAUACAUUGCUGCACAAGGUCCCAGGGAUGAAAGCAUUGAUGAUUUCUGGAGGAUGAUUUGGGAACAGAAAGCCACAGUUAUUGUCAUGGUCACUCGAUGUGAAGAAGGAAACAGGAACAAGUGCGCAGAAUACUGGCCGUCGGUACAAGAGGGCACUCGGGCUUUUGGAGAUGUCGUCGUUAAGAUCAUCCAGCACAAAAGAUGUCCAGAUUAUAUCAUUCAGAAAUUAAACAUUACAAAUAAAAAGGAAAAAACAGCUGGAAGAGAGGUGACUCACAUUCAGUUUACCAGCUGGCCAGACCACGGGGUGCCUGAGGAUCCUCACCUGCUCCUCAAACUGAGAAGGAGAGUGAACGCCUUCAGCAAUUUCUUCAGUGGCCCCAUUGUGGUGCACUGCAGUGCUGGUGUUGGGCGCACAGGCACCUAUAUUGGAAUUGAUGCCAUGCUAGAAGGCCUGGAAGCUGAGAACAAAGUGGAUGUUUAUGGUUAUGUUGUCAAGCUAAGGCGACAGAGAUGCCUGAUGGUUCAAGUAGAGGCCCAGUACAUCUUGAUUCAUCAGGCUUUGGUAGAAUACAAUCAGUUUGGAGAAACAGAGGUGAAUUUGUCUGAAUUACAUCCCUAUCUACAUAACAUGAAGAAAAGAGAUCCACCCAGUGAGCCAUCUCCACUAGAGGCUGAAUUCCAGAGACUUCCUUCGUAUAGGAGCUGGAGGACACAGCACAUUGGAAAUCAAGAAGAAAAUAAAAGUAAAAACAGGAAUUCUAAUGUCAUUCCAUAUGACUUCAACAGAGUGCCACUUAAACAUGAGCUGGAAAUGAGUAAAGAGAGUGAGCAUGAUUCAGAUGAAUCCUCUGAUGAUGACAGUGACUCAGAGGAAGCAAGCAAAUACAUCAAUGCAUCCUUUAUCAUGAGUUAUUGGAAACCUGAAGUGAUGAUUGCUGCUCAGGGACCGCUAAAGGAGACCAUUGGUGACUUUUGGCAGAUGAUCUUCCAAAGAAAAGUCAAAGCUAUAGUUAUGCUGACAGAACUGAAACAUGGAGACCAGGAACUCUGUGCUCAGUACUGGGGAGAAGGAAAGCAAACGUAUGGAGAUAUCGAAGUUGACCUGAAAGACACAAACAAAUCGUCAACUUAUACCCUUCAUGUCUUUGAACUGAGACAUUCCAAGAGGAAAGACCCUCGAACUGUGUACCAGUACCAAUAUACUAACUGGAGUGCAGAACAACUUCCUGCAGAACCCAAGGAAUUAGUCUCUAUGAUUCAGGUCCUCAAACAAAAACUUCCUCAGAAGAAUUCCUGUGAAGGGAACAAGUAUCACAAGAAUGCACCUCUCCUCAUUCACUGCAGGGAUGGAUCUCAGCAAACGGGAAUAUUUUGUGCUUUGUUAAAUCUCUUAGAAAGUGCGGAAACAGAAGAGGUAGUGGACGUAUUUCAAGUGGUAAAAGCUCUACGCAAAGCUAGGCCAGGCAUGAUUUCCACAUUCGAGGAAUACCAAUUCCUAUACGACGCCAUCGCCAGCACCUACCCUGCCCAGAAUGGACAAGUAAAGAAAAACAACCAUCAAGAAGAUAAAAUUGAAUUUGAUAAUGAAGUGGACAAAGCAAAGCAGGAUGCCAAUUGUGUUAAUCCACUUGGUGCCCCAGAAAAGCUCCCUGAAGCAAAUGAACAGGCUGCAGGUUCUGAACCCACAAGUGGCACUGAGGGGCCAGAACAUUGUGUCAACGGUCCUGCAAAUCCAGCUUUAAAGCAAGGUUCCUAGAAAAAGACAUAAAUGGGGACACUCCAGACCUCAUGUUAGCUGUUAUUUCUAUUUUUCUAGAAGUAGGAAGUGAAAAUAGGUAUACAGAGGAUUAAUGAAGCACAUUGAAGCAGUAUUUGUGGAAGGGUUCUAUUUUACUACUGUGGAAAAAUAUUUAAGAUAGUUUUGCCAGAACAGUUUGUACAGACACAUGCUUAUUUUAAAAUUUUAUCUCUUAUUCAGUAAAAAACAACUUCUUUGUAGUCUUUACGUGUGUAUGUGUAUGUGUGUGUUUGAGUGAGAGACAGAGCGAAAAAGAGAGAGAUAGAGAAUGCUUUCGAGUGAAUCUAAAAGCUCUUGCUUUGCCUUUUUGUUUUUAUGAAGAAAAAAUACAUUUUAUAUUAGAAGUGUUAACUUAGCUUGAAGGAUCUGUUUUUAAAAUCAUAAACUGUGCGCAGACUCAAUAAAAACAUGUUCAUUUCUAAAAUGACCUCAAGAUGUCCUCCUUGUUCUACUUUUAUAUAUCUUACGUAGUUUACUAUUUUACUUCUAGAAAUAGUAAAAAAAAAAAAAAAAAAAAUGGUAUAUGUGUGUGUAUAGCUACUAUGAAAGAGUUAACUAAAUUAACAUUUGGAAAUCUUGUAUUCCAUAUAUUGGCAUUUAGUCCAAUAUCUUUUUAAGCUUAUUUAAUUAAAAAAUUUCCAGUGAGCCUAUCUUGCUGUCUUCACAUGGGGUUUACAGUUUUGCAACAUGGAUUAUUCCCUGUACAAUAUUUAAAAUUUAUUGCUUGAUACUUUUGACCACAAAUUAUAUUUUGUAAAAUUGAACUUAAAUAAAUAUCAUUAAAAUAAACAAAUAUAAUAUGUACUAAUAUUCAUUGUAUAAAAAUAGAAGCAUACAAUUAUAUUUGUUAAAUAUUUGUAUAUGAAAUUCAAUAUAGCUAUUUUAAUGGAAUUUUACAUUGAUAUGAAAAAUAUAAUAUUGCAUAUUCAUAGUUCCCAUGUUAAAUCCCAUUCAUGAUUUUCGUUAAAACAUUGACUUUGAAUUUCUUCAAUGCUUAGACUGCUUUUACUAGGAAUGGAUGUCAAUAAUCAUAAUAAAAUUAAACCAUCAGUUUUUUCUUGUUUAUAA